GUCAACUGAAUACUUGUCUAUGGCCCCGCCUGCAGGCUGCAUCGGCUACCGAGCAUUCUGGUUUUCACGUCCAUCCCGUGUGGUUAUCUGCGCCAAUGUAAUCAUUUUGUAAAAAUAAUAAUAAUAAUACUGAAUAGUGAAUAGGUCAUAAUAUUUUUGUUAUUAUAAACUAAAUUUUGAAAUUGUACAAUUUUUUCUGUCGACGAAAAUCGUUUUGUUAUACCUAUCUUUUUCUCUUUUUUUUUUCUACCGUAGUGAUGUGUCGUGAUUUAACGUGAAUUUUAUGUGCCGAAAAUGUCGCGGUCGUUUUCAAGAAUAUUGUUUUUAGUUCGGUUGGAUUGAUAACGCAAGCAUAUCGUACGGCUAAAGGCUAAAGUAUAUCGCACGUCUGGCCGUGUAGAAUUGGAAUUUUACCAUGUUGCUCAAAAGAGAUUGGGGUGGCGCAAUUACCAUUGGAUUGGGUAUAGCGGCCGUGGCUGGACGAUCAGUGCGUGGCCUAACCUGUUAUUGCGAACACCAGUGUCCCAAUGGUCAACCAAAUGGCACUUGUGUCACUUCACACAAGUCGCAGUGCUUCAGUGCUGUCCAAGAAGAAUAUAAUGAAGACACUGGCGAGUACGAGCCGGUGGCAUCGUAUGGUUGUCUAGCGGCCGGCGAACAAGGCUUCUUACAAUGUAAAGGCGGCAACUCGUUGUACGGUUUGGCGAUCCAGUGCUGUAACACCGACAUGUGCAACAAAGAGAUUCACCCGAUUUACACACCUCACACAACAACACCUCCGCCGCCCAAAAUCCACUUUAAUUCCAUACCGUAUAUAGCGUUCAUGCUGUCGAUGGUCAUUUGUUUACUGGUGUCGGCAAUCGUCAUCGGCUGGGUUUACAUACGGUACAGAAGAAGGGAAAAAAACAGGUUGUACGCAUUGGCGUCCACUGACAGUUACAUGUCCGGCAACAGCAAUUUGUUGCAAACGCUUAUCGGACACUCGUCGGGAUCUGGUUCCGGCAUCCCAUUACUUGUACAAAGAACGAUAGCCAAACAAAUUAGAAUAGAACGACAAAUCGGCGAGGGUCGAUUUGGCAAAGUGUGCUUGGCCAACUGGCGGGGUGAGCACGUGGCUGUGAAAAUCUUCACGACCAUAAACGAUCAGAGCUGGCUACGAGAAACUGAAAUAUAUCAAACGGUUCUACUGAGACAUGAGAAUAUUUUAGGAUUCAUUGCGGCCGACCUGAAAGUAAGUGCCGGAGGCGCUCAAAUGAUGCUGAUCACCGAGUACCAUAAGCGUGGAUCGUUACACGAUUUCCUAAAAGAAAACACAAUCGAUGCUGCUCAGCUGGUUGUCAUGGUACGUUCCAUUGCGAGCGGCCUGGCCCAUUUACACGAGCCGAUAAACGGUACCCAUGGGAAACCCUGCAUUGCCCACAGGGAUAUCAAGUCGAGAAAUAUUUUGGUCAAGACUGACGGCGAGUGUUGUAUUGCCGAUUUCGCUUUAGCUGUCCGAUAUGACAGCCGAAGAAAUGAAAUUGACAUCGCUCCCAAUUCGAGAGUGGGCACUAGGAGGUACAUGGCUCCUGAAGUUGUUAGCGAUGCCAUCGAUGUAACGUCGUUUAGCGCGUUCAAAGCGGCCGACAUGUACUCAACAAGUUUAGUAUUCUGGGAGUUGUGCAGAAGAUGCCGACAAGGUUGGCCUGUAGGCGGUUCACCCAUGUUACAAGCCGAAGAGUACAUGUUGCCUUAUAGCAAUCUGGUUGGCCCCGACCCAUCCGUAGAAGACAUGCGACUGGUACUGAUGGUACAAGGAGCAAGACCGGAUAUACCCAUGAGAUGGAGAUGUGAUCAUAGGUUGAGAGUAAUAUCGGAAAUCAUUCAAGAGUGUUGGCAUCAAAAUCCAAGUGUUCGAUUACCUGCAUUGAGAGUGAUGAAGACGCUGCGUAAAUUGGAAGAUAGCGAAACCGUGGAAAACGGAAUCCAUCACGUCUAAAUGUCAAAAUAAGGCAGCGUGUGUAAUUUUUAGCGCCGUUUUUAAGACGACAUACAGGAUUAUAUUAUUAUAUUUUACUCCAAGACUGCGUAGAUAGAAUUAAUUUUAAAUGUUAUUAUUAUUAUUAACUUAGAAAACGAACAACAAAUUGUUCAAGUCGAGUUAAUGAAACGUACUUACUUAACUCCUUAUGUAUAAAAAUAUUAUGUGCCAUUUGUAUUAUCGCAGUGUAGUCGAUUUUAUAUUUUGUUUAAAAUUAUUCUUGUAGAAUUUUUUCUCUCGUGUAUGAUGGCCAGAUAUAAUUGAAUAAUUUUACGACGGUUUCGAUUCAAUCUUAACAUAAUCAAACGUUCGUUUACUUCCUGCCCCUACCCCCCUUAUUUAUAACUAUCACAAAAUAGUACAAAACAACAUGUACGACAAAAUUGUACACGUGAUGUCUGUUUUUUUGUUUUUACCGUACGAGAGCAAUUUCAUAUAUUGUUUAGGUAGCCGAUAUCAUUUAAAAAAAACAUUUUUUUUUUUAACCAUUACCUAUACAUCACUUGUGUGUGCUCUCUCGCUAACAUUUAUUUAUUUUUCAAGUAUUUACAUGAUAAUGUUGUGUUUGUGUGUUUGUUUUUCCAAUGUAAAUAAUAUAUUCAACACAAUAUUAUGUUUUUAUAAUUUUUUUACUAUUUUUUGAGUUGUGUAAAAUAAUUAUAUAAAUAUAUAUAUUGUCGACAACGACUGUUGUUUAUUUAUUACACAAUUAUAUAUUGUUUUAGAAAAUUGUUGUAUUUUUUUUAUCAAAUGUAUACUUAAUCUAUGAGUCAACUCCCAAAGUGUAUGUACUGUGUAUAAUAUAUAUAGUGUAUAAUAUGAUAU